UCCGCCGCCCCGCGCGGGGGAGCUGCUCGGGGCCGGAGGCGGCGUCCUGCGCCUCGGGGCGCUACUGCUAUUAAGUCUAACAGCAGCAGCAUGAGGGGCAGAACUUUCUUAAUGCCUGACCUGAAUAACCACGAUGACCCUAUACCUCUUGAAGACAUUGAAAAUGAUACUGAAAAUGACACAGAAGUUGGAUCAGGAUCCAUCAGUCAGAUUAAUGCGUCUCUAAAUAAACAGCGGACAGUAUCAGCAGAAACAGAAAGAUAUCUCACUAAUCCAUGGCUGACGCUUUUCGUUCCUUCAGUUUACACGUUAGUGGUUAUGCUGAGUCUCCCUCUGAAUGUUACAGCAAUACUUGUGUUUUUGAAAAAAAUGAAAAUUGAAAAGCCAGCUGUAAUAUACAUGCUGAAUUUGGCCAUUGCAGAUGUAUUGUUUGUAAGCGUGCUUCCUUUUAAGAUUACAUAUCAUUUUUCUGGAAACAACUGGUUAUUUGGACCGGGAAUGUGCCGUUUCAUCACUGCUGCCUUCUACUGUAACAUGUACUGUUCAAUAAUGCUUAUGACGAGCAUAAGCUUUGAUCGCUUCUUAGCGGUGGUGUACCCCAUCCAGUCUCUCUCAUGGCGCACAUUAACACGCGCCUCCGUGACUUGUUUCAUCAUAUGGCUUGUGGCAAUAGCUGGGGUUAUACCUUUUCUCAUCAGAGAGCAAACUAUGGAAAUACCCAAGUUAAAUAUAACUACCUGUCAUGAUGUGCUAAAAGAAUCUGAACUUCACAACUAUUACGUCCACUUCUUCUCCAUCUUCUCUUCUGUUUUCUUUGUAGGGCCAUUUAUAAUUUCUACCAUCUGUUACUUGUGUAUCAUUCGAUGUCUUAGUUCUUCAAGUAUUGUUGCAAAAGAAAAUAAGAAGAAACGUGCCUUGCUCUUGUGUGUAGCUGUUUUUUCUGUUUUUGUUAUUUGUUUUGGACCAACAAAUGUCCUCCUAUUAAUUCAUUAUACACAUUUUUCUUACGACAAUAGUUUAGAGUAUCUCUACUUUGCCUAUCUACUUUGUGUUUGUAUCAGCAGCUUUAGCUGUUGCAUUGAUCCUUUUAUUUACUACUAUGCUUCUUCUCAAUAUCAGAGACAACUUGUCAGUCUCUUCGGCUGUAAAGAGACUUUUGAUCCUAACAGUAGUAACAGCAGUGGCCAGUCAAUGUCGACCACUAGUAGAAGGGGUACCUGCUCCAGUAAUGUGAACAGCAGUGUCUACAGGAAAUUGCUAGCAAUGCAUUGAGAAAAUGUCUCUUACACUUGCUUAUUUUUAGACAAUUUCAGGAAAAAAAUGUAUUAUAUCCAAUAUAGCCUUAGAUCAAGUUGUUGUGAAAUACAUCGUUCUAUGGAUUCAUUAUAGUAAUGCACAAUUCAACAUCCUAUAUGUGUAUAGUGUAUGUAUAUAAGUUAGUU